AUGCCUCACUACAAGCUGAUCUAUUUCGAUGCUCGCGGCCGUGCUGAGGUUACUCGACAGCUUUUUCUUCUUGCUGGGCAAGAAUUCGAAGAUGUGCGUCUGUCCCAAGAUGAGUGGCUAAAACAGAAAAAUGAAAUGCCGUUCGGUCAAUUGCCAGUGCUCGAGGUAGACGGAAAGCAGUUAGCUCAGUCACAUGCCAUUGCUCGCUAUGUAGGCCAGGCAGUUUGGUUUUGCCGUCAUGCCGGCAAGACCCCUUUCGACGAGGCGCUCGUCGAUUCGGUCGCAGAUCAGUACAAGGACUUCGACACGGCGACAUGGCCCUUCUUUGCUGUGUUAUUAGGUUUCGAAAAAGGUGACUUGGAAGGCCAACUAAACAACACAUUCAACCCAGCUCGUGAUAAAUUGUUCACCUUUCUGACGAAGUUCCUUCAAAAUUCUGGAUCUGGAUAUCUUGUCGGAGACUCAUUAACCUGGGCAGACCUGCUAGUGGCCGAACUGGAUACAUAUUCAGCGAAGAUACCAGCACUAUAUGAAGGAUUUCCAGAUGUGAGCGCUCACUUUCUCAAUAGCUUUUUCUGCAAGACUUUUUUGGUACUGUCGAUAUUUUAUCAAAAUAAUUGCUCUACAUUUCUGCUUAAAACGCUUUAUACCCUUGCACAAAACCUGCAGACAUAG